AUGCAUAACUAAAUGAUUUAGUAUGUUUUUUGAAAAGCGAUUCUGGUUAUCGAUCGACUGCGACUACUUUCAAGACAACCCGCAAACAUUUUAUUGCGAAUUUUAAACCUAAAAUUGACAAAAUGCGUCGCUCCCAGGCUCCUUCCGUGCGUCGGGCAGCAAAGCGGGGGUACCAAGAAGUGGCGCCGCAAGAGGAACCGCCAGCUGAUUGGCCCGCGGCUACACCGACAACCAUGGAAUGGGGCACUGCCAAGGGCUACGAGAGCGUGGGACCACGGGAGCUGAAACCUGGCGAAAAUCCUCUCAAAGAAGGCCGCAUCUUUCAUGUGCUCUGGCGGAAUCAGACCACCAAGAAGCACAAAAUUUGGACUGGCAAUGGCACCCUGGUGAUAGCCGAAUCUAAGGCCACACUGAAAGACGACACGGGGAAGGUUGUGGACAGCAUGACGUGCUUCCGCCAGAGAAACUUCAAGGAAAACGAUCAGCUGCAGGUUGGCAGCAAAGAUGUGGAGCUGCAAGAUGAGUUCAAGACUGUUGAGGAGUGCAUUGAAUAUCGGAAACUGGAAAUUGCAAAUUGGUGUGCAAAAAUAGAUGCACUAAACGGCCACAUUGAAACUCCCACGCCGCCCGGGGGUAGCAGUAAACCGGGCAGAGUGUCAGAUCCUCCCGUCAGGCCACCCCUCAGGACAUCCCUGCUGAACAAAGGCUCUGCCCCAGCUGCCACUUACAAGCAAAUCGAAUACAUGUGCUUCCUGCAGCCCGCAGAACAUCAAGCUAAAGCGCUUCAGCAGCUCCAUGAACUCAGUCAACGCUCGGACAUGGAACCGCACAUCAUUGCUGAACUUGGAAAACAUAUUUGCGAUCAUCCCGUGCUGCUGAAAACUCGAGUUAGCGAGCUGCAAAGCUGCGAGGCGAUGCAGUUGCUGUUGCUCCAGCUGCCGCCCUGGCAGGAAAUGGGUCCCGAUGACUCGACCAAAUUUGAGUUUGUUUCUCUGAUGCUCGAUGACUUGGCCACGGCAGGCAGCCACAAAAUCUGUGUUCUAGCAAACAGUCAGAAUUGCCUGGAGCUGUUCAAAGGUUACUGUCGCUCCUAUGACAUGCCACACAUGCAGCUGGAUAAUGCCAGCGAUGUGGCGACAUUUAACUCCACAGAGGCUCAGGCAGCAAGGGUUGCCCUGGUAUUGGCCAGUCGCUCGUCAGAGAUACGUUCUCUUCUCUGCCAAUAUCUCAUUAUUUACAAUUAUGACGCGAGAUCGAGGGCGGAACAGCUGCUGGCUGGCAAGGAAAUGGACACAAAAGUUUACACAUUGAUAACAUCCAGUGGAUGCUCAGAGGAGCUGGAGUUUUAUAAGAGUCUAGAGCUAGUACCUGGAGGAGCUACCAAUGCUUUGGCGAAUUUGUCGAAUGUGAAGCCCCCUUACAGCCAAGAGUUUCUCGAGGAUGCAUCCAUCAGCGUUAAUCUGGAGAGUCUAACCAACAUUUUUGUUAAGAAAAACGUUAAGUAAAUGAAGCACGAGAUUUAAUA